CUUCCUGCCACUGAGGAAAGAGUUCAAACCAACACUCGCUUCUCCUUUCUCCACUGUGGUCUCAGGGCUGGCAGGGAGCCUCAGAUCCGUGUGACCUCAGCCAGCUUUCCCAGCCCUACAUGGGAAGAGAGAUGCCCUGGACCAUUCUGCUGUUUGCAUCUGGCUCCUUGGCCAUUCCUGCCCCAUCCAUCUUUCUGGUGCCCCCCUACCCAAACAGCCAAGAUGAUCCCAUCUUCAUCUCGUGCACAGCCCCAGAGGACUUCCUAGGGGCCAAUUUCACCCUGUUCCGAGGGAGAGAGGUGGCCCAGCUCCUGCAGGCCCCCUCAGAUCAGCCUGGAGUAACAUUCAAUGUGACUAGUGGUGGCAGUGAGGCUGCUGGGGGGAUCUUCCGCUGUCAGUAUGGUGUGAUAGGUGAGCACAGCCAGCCCCAGCUGUCGGACCUCAGCCAGCCAGUGCAGAUCUCCUUCCCAGUCCCCACCUGGAUCAUGGUGCUCUCCCUGAGCCUGGCCGGAGCUGUCCUCCUCCUCACAGGGCUGGUGGCUGUCGCCGUGGUGGUCAGGAAAGCUAAAAUAAAGAACUUACAGAAGCAGAGAGAGCGUGAAUCCUGCUGGGCUCAGAUCAACUUCACCAACACAGACAUGUCCUUUGAUAACUCCUUGUUUGCCAUCUCCACGAAAAUGACUCAGGAAGACUUGGUGGCAACCCUGGAUAUGCAUCCUUGCAACUCAGGGCCUCAAAAGACGCCCACCUCUACACCAUCCUCUCCGGAGCUCCCUGAGUUCAGCACUUUCCGGGCCUGCCAGUGAGGCAGAGGAAUGAGGAUGGCUUGUUCUCCCAGUCGCACUGCCCACAGAUGCACAAGCUGGACAUCUGUCCAGAGACUUGGUAGUAUGGAGGGGUUAAGCCAAGGCUUUCUAAGGGGAUGGACUGGCCAGAGGAAGGGGACUCCUGGUGUUGUGACCUUCCUCACAGAAGAGAAGGAAAAGAGAGUAUCAGCCUAGAGGCUGGACAGAAAGCCAGAGCCCCUUUGUAGGUUCCCUGGAUUGGUGACAGAUCGCCAGAGAAGUGUCACCACUGCAUCUGGACACCCAGCUGGGCAUAAAAGGUCUACAUUCUGUACCUCCUCUCCCACACUUCCCCAGCUGCACCUGACUUUCAGACUGUGUAGCCCUGUCUGUCCUGAACUCACAAUGUAGACCAGGCUGGCCUCAAACUCACAGAGAUCCACCUGC